AUGGAGCAGCCCUCCACCUCCUCGCCGGCGGCGCCGCCCCCGCCCCCGCGGCGGCCGCCGACGAAGGUCCGGCUGCGGCGCCAGAGGCUGGAGGCGCUCCUGCAGGAGCUCCGGCAGACGCUCGACGGGAUGGGCGACGCCGAUCUCGGCGCCUCGCUCUCCGACGCGGACGCCGGCUCCGAGGCGCCCGAGUACGGGGACGGCGAGGGCGGCGGAGACGACGACGACGACGGUGACUCGGCGGCUUCGAUGGCCAGCGACUCCGACCGCGCCACGGACCAGGUGUUUGAUCUCCUUAAAUCUAGGUUUGAGUCACCAGAAUUUCUUCAGGAGUUCCAUGAAAUUCAAAAGUCUGUAUGUCAAAAUGGUGCGGUUGAAUUGGAUAAAUCAUGGGAUGUAAUAAAGGCGGGAGAUGUGUGGGAAGAUGAUGACGACAAUGGAUAUGUUCUUGUUAAGCCAGAGGAUGCAGCUGAAGGGAUAGCUUUCUUUGUAGCCACAUACUUAUCAACACUUACAAAAACCAAGGAAUUAUCUCCUGAUCGACUUCAGAAAGCCCUUAAGAAGACAUUUUCAGCCGAGAAGAGAAAAGGCAAACUUCGGAAGGCAUGGGAUGGGACAAAAGUCAUUUAUAAUGUAGCUUCAUGGGGUGCUACAGCUGUUGCAUCUACAAUAACCAAUCAAUUCUUAAGGCAGCAGGCACAGCCAUUCAGAUGUCCUGGCGUGUGGUGUCCAAGUUCCUGUGAGUGA